AGUAAGAUACAGCACACUAGCAGCAGAGUGGGUCUAGCACUGUGUCCGUCUCUUCACUCCAGAAUGGGGCAUUCCUUCGUUUCCACGUCAAUCGUACUCUUUACUCUUCUCCUUCUCCUUUUUUCGCCUUCAGCUUCUGCCUCCGAUGACGAUCUUCGCCUUGUGCUCCACGCCAAGAACCUUGUCAGAGACCUCAAUUUGUUCCCCGAUGAAGAUCUCAACAUCGUUCAUGCUGCUAAUUCUUCGCUCCAACCCGGCAAAAUCGUUGAGAAGCGCCUCAGAUUCCCCAACCUAGUAGGUUCUGAUUCUGAGGUUUCGAUUGAGGAUUUGGGUCACCACGCUGGGUAUUACUCCAUUCAGCAUUCCCAUGCCGCAAGGAUGUUCUACUUUUUCUUUGAAUCACGCAACAGCGAGGAGGAUCCUGUUGUGAUUUGGUUGACUGGGGGACCUGGGUGUGGCAGUGAAUUGGGUUUGUUUUAUGAAAAUGGCCCUUUCAAAAUUGCUGAUGACUUGUCUCUUGUGUGGAAUGAGUAUGGUUGGGACAAGGUAUCAAACCUUUUGUAUGUUGACCAACCAACUGGAACUGGCUUUAGCUACAGCAAUGAUUUGCGUGACAUUCGUCAUAAUGAACAGGGUAUUAGCAAUGACUUGUAUGACUUUUUGCAGGCUUUCUUUGCAGAGCAUCCCCAAUAUGCAAAGAAUGACUUUUUUAUCACUGGUGAAUCAUAUGCUGGGCACUAUAUUCCUGCUUUUGCAACUCGUAUCCAUAGGGGAAACCAAGCUAAUGAAGGAAUUCAUAUAAACCUGAAGGGACUGGCUAUUGGUAAUGGGAUGACUGAUCCUGCAAUCCAGUAUAAAGCUUACACAGAUUAUGCACUGGACAUGGGCAUAAUUAAGAAGGCUACACAUGACCUUCUUGACAUAGGGUUGGUUCCAGCCUGUGAAUUGGCAAUAAAGCUAUGUGGCACUGACGGAAAGAGCUCCUGUGUGGCUGCAUUUGUAGUUUGUAAUGCCAUAUUCAAUGACAUCAUGUUACAUGCCGGUAAUGCAAAUUACUAUGAUAUUAGAAAGAAGUGUGAAGGGAGCCUUUGCUAUGAUUUUUCAAAUAUGGAGAAGUUCCUCAACCAAAAAUCUGUUCGGGAUGCACUAGGGGUUGGGAAAAUCCAUUAUGUUUCUUGUAGCACUAAAGUUUAUAUGGCUAUGCUGAUGGAUUGGAUGAGGAAUCUUGAAGUUGGAAUUCCUGUCCUUCUUGAGGAUGGAAUCAAUUUGCUUGUUUAUGCUGGGGAAUAUGAUCUCAUCUGCAACUGGCUUGGUAAUUCCAGAUGGGUUCAUGCCAUGGAAUGGUCUGGUCAGAAAGAAUUUGUAGCCUCACCUGAAGUCCCUUUUGUUGUUGAUGAAUCAGAAGCUGGAUUAUUGAAGAGUUACGGACCUCUAAGUUUCCUUAAGGUCCAUGAUGCGGGUCACAUGGUUCCAAUGGACCAGCCCAAGGCUGCAUUAGAGAUGCUGAAGAAAUGGACUCAGGGAACCCUUUCAGAAUCUAGAGCUGAUGAGGAAAAAUUGGUUGCUGAGAUGUGAUCUCUUUUGUUGCUGCUUUAAUUAAUCUAUCAAAAGGGAACAAAAACAAGAAAAAAAAUUGCAGUGGGAGUGUGACCAGUAGUUAGUAUGUGUGGUAUGUGAUAUCACCCCAACCUCAUACAAGAACUCGUAUCAUGUAAGAAAGAAGGGCUUCUAUGCUUGUAUAUUUGCUGCUUUAGAUGCUUAUUUUUGUUUCCAUAAGAUCGAGUUUCUUUGUAUACUCCUGAAUUAGAUUUCGCUUUUUUCGUUAAUUGUUGCCUCGAAACAUGUGGUAUUUGUGAUUCACUUAUGAAUACCCUUUUAGUGAAAUUCAGAAAACAGGAAACUACAUAUCGAGACACGCAGCUGAAAGUUGGAUCUGUAUUGAUGCAAGGAUUUGACUAUAAAACGUAGUAGUUGGAUCUUCAAG